CAUCGCCGCUCAGACAGUCAACGUGGUUGGAGAUUGUCUUUACCGACCGUACACUAGCUACCAGUUAUAUUUGGAACUACGACUUUCUCUCUUAUUGCCUGACAGGAUUGAGAUGUUACAAUUUAGGUUUUCGAUAGUGCUGAAGGAGUUGUUUGAAGCCACCCUCAAGCGUCCCUUGUCCGGCUCUAGACAGAAGACCUGGUUACCGACCCGCCACUGCUGCUUCGGCACCGCCUCCGUUGAUGCCAGAGCUGUCUCUCCUCAACUGAAGGUCCUCCAUGCCGCUUCUCACCGCCCGGCGCUCCGCGCCGCGCCCUCUGCCGCCCCAUUCCGCUCCUACUGCACGAAGACCGAAGGUGCUGUGGAGCUGGACGAACAGCUGAAAAAGGACGGUCUCGACAGCGAAGCAGCCAGUGACAAGAGAAGAAAUGCAGGCAUUCUGCCCAGUUUGGAGGACUUGCUCUUCUACACAGUCGCAGAAGGUCAAGAGACGAUUCCUGCUCAUAAAUUUCUUACAGCACUUAAAGCCACUGGGCUUCGCAGUGGAGAUCCAAGACUAAAGGAAUGCAUGGACACCCUCAAAGAGACUCUGAAGAACACAGCUGAUGGAGUCACACUAGACAGGCACCUAUUCAAGAAGUGUGUCCAGAGCAACAUUGUCCUGCUCACUCAGGCCUUCCGCAAGAAGUUCGUCAUCCCAGACUUCCAGUCCUUCACCUCCCAUAUUGAUGAGCUGUAUGAGAGUGCCAAAGAUCUCUCUGGAGGACAGGUCGCAGACUACAUUCCUCAGCUUGCCAAAUUCAGCCCCGACAUGUGGGCUGUCUCGCUGUGCACAGUGGACGGACAGAGACACACAGUAGGAGACACCAAGGUCCCCUUCUGUCUGCAGUCCUGUGUCAAGCCUCUGAAGUACGCUGUGGCUGUUCAUGACCACAGCACAGAGUAUGUGCACAGUUUCAUUGGGAAGGAGCCCAGUGGCCUGCGCUUUAAUAAGCUCUUCCUGAGCGACGAUGAUAAGCCCCACAACCCCAUGGUGAAUGCUGGCGCUAUAGUUUGUACCUCACUGAUAAAGCAAGGUGCAAGCAAUGCAGAAAGAUUUGAUUAUGUCAUGAACUUUCUGAAAAAUAUGGCGGGAAAUGAGUACGUGGGUUUCAGCAAUGCCACAUUCCAGUCAGAGCGUGAGUCAGGAGACAGGAACUUUGCCAUUGGCUACUACCUGAAAGAAAAAAAGUGUUUCCCAGAGGGAACAGACAUGACAUCUGUACUGGACUUCUACUUUCAACUGUGUUCCAUUGAAGUGACCUGUGAGAGCGCCAGUGUCAUGGCAGCCACCCUGGCUAACGGCGGCAUCUGCCCAAUCACAGGCGAGCGUGUGUUAAGCCCCGAGGCAGUGAGGAAUACUUUGAGUCUGAUGCACUCCUGCGGCAUGUACGACUUCUCAGGACAGUUUGCUUUCCAUGUCGGUCUGCCAGCCAAGUCUGGAGUAUCGGGAGGGAUCCUGCUGGUUGUACCAAACGUGAUGGGUAUUAUGUGCUGGUCACCUCCUCUAGACAAGCUGGGCAACUCAGUCAGAGGAAUACAGUUCUGCACGGACCUCGUGGAGCUUUUCAACUUCCACAACUACGACAACCUGAGGCACUUUGCCAAGAAGCACGACCCUCGCAGAGAAGGAGGGGACCAGCGGCAGCUCUCCUUCGGACCAAUGGAUUACGAGAGCCUCCAGCAAGAGCUAGCUCUGAAAGCCCCUCUAUGGAAAAAGGUGUCUCCUACUGAGUCGCACCAGGACAGCUCCACCACUGUAGUCUAUAGGAUGGACAAUGUCGCCGAGUGAAAAUUGAAAAAAAAAAAAGUACCUGUCCCCCACCAACCCCCACCUCAACUGAUCUGUCUCCCCACCACUCACAACGACACCACCACCUUUCCUCACCCUUGAAUAUUUAUACAUAAAUUAUGUAGAGGAUUAUUUAUUGCUUGUGAAGCAGUUACUGUGUGGACGGACUUGGAAGCCUCUUGUUUUUAUUUGUUAUGGAAAAAUCAGUUACUGCCUGUUAAUUUUGCUCUGAAUUCCAAAUGAACUCUAAAGGCCAAAACACACCGCCGUCAAAUGGUGCACGUCAAAGAAGCUACCCCAAUUAUUUUCUAUGUAAAGCCCCACACCGGUGGCUAGGCGUAGGUCAGCGCUUAUGGAUGCAUCGCCCUGUGACACUUCACAACUCUGUCCCACUUCCAGCCUUGCUGCCCAUAAAAAAACACGCUCACUCCCUGCUUGUACAUCCCAUCUUUAUAAAGACAGCAGCAAAAAUGAUAUUGCCUGAUAAGCCACAGGUCUGGAGAGUGGCUCUUCAGGUGAAAGAUCAAGUUUAAUCAGUGGGUGUGCACACAUGACUUAAAGGUAAACACUACAGAUCUUUUACUGAAAGUAGUAAUAACUGUGGUUGGUGUUGACAUGCUACAGAGCGAUGCUUCCUAUUGGUGCUACGGGUGCCACUUGAUGCCCGUCAUAUGAUGCAGUGCUGGAGCGGCAGUGUGUUUUCAGCUUAAGCUUCCUCCUGCUUCUUGCCUCAGUGUGUGUGUGUGCAGGAUCUGGUGGACAGUAUACAGGUUGUGCUCCUCUGUCAUCUCACUACCUGUAUUGCAAUAUGUUUUCUUUUUUGACAGAAUUCUCUUGAAAAAUGUAAGAUAAGGGUUGAUUUGAAAUUCAGUUACAUUUUAAUCAUCAGAAAAAUGUGUGAGUGUGUUUGCAUGUGUGGAGCUUCAGCACAGCCAGCUUUCAGACCAACAGUCUUAAAAUCUACAUUCAGUACUUUGUAGUGACGAUUGCUUACCGUAGCUCACGCUGAGGCCUUAGACUCUGGUAUUAGUACAUCAAUACAGAUGCUAGAUGUGCUGUAAUAUGAUGAACAUAUCAGUAUAACGGGAUGCAUUUUAAGAUUAUUGAAGGAAAGUUUUGGGUGGAAGAAGUCGUAAAAGUUAGCUGUAAAUGCCUGGGCUGGCAUGCAGCAGUGUUGUAGCUAACAUGAUGUAGUUUGUCAUUUAAAAAAAAAAAGAGAUGUGAAUUCUGAAGAGUUUUUAAAUAUACAACUAUUAUGCUUUUCCAAUAUCCACAUGCUUGACCUUGAAAGGAAAAAUCAACCCCAAAGCUUAAAGCUUAUCUGAGUCACUAUCACAGUAGUGCAGUUUCUCAGCCUUCUGGUCAAGACACAGACAAAGAACCAAGGAGAUGGUUACAAACAGAUAGCCUCUGAUCCUCUUUAGAAGUUUAUUGCUAAAGUAGGAAUUUUUCUGCACAAUAUACAAGCACCUGCACCAUCUUACUGUAGAUGGUUUAAUUGUGAAAGACUUGCCUAAAGAUGUCUGAAGUGGAUUAAUUGCAGACAUUUGUGAAAUGAGAUUAGCUGGAACCCCCCCCAUUACUUGACCGUAACCUGUCUGUAUUAGUGCCUGGACCACAGUUGGGGCUGAUUUUUCUGAUAGUGAUGUGGGUGUGGGGAAAGAGGUGUGCUCAGGAGAGAGGUGAGAUGACUAAAACAACAGCCUGUUUUCAGGGCUCUUUGUGGAGACUUGCUCAACUUGAUUGUCCUCAUUCACCUGCCAGCGCUCUCGCUGGACUGGCUGCAUCCUUCUUAGCUGCUGUUGAGUUUAGAUGGCGUGUGUUUGUGUUUGUGUGUGCGUUUGUGCGUGUGUGUGUGUGUGUGCGUGUGUGCGCACGCACGCGUGUGUGGCUGCCAUGUUGUGAGUGUACUCAGUAUGACGCAGGCAGAGGGAAGGUGUGUGUUCAAUACUGCGACCUCCAGUUGAAGCCCCUUGGAGCCUGCUUGUGUCUGACCUGCCCUAAUAAAGCCUGUGAAGGCAGAAUGAGUAGGAUUUGUCUGUUGCAGUUUAUAAACACAACAUUCAAAGUUGGCCCUUCCUCCCCGGCUCAACGUCGUGCUUAUGAUCUGGCACCUGUUUGCUUUGUUUUUACAGUCUUGCCCUAACACCCUGCAAGCAGUUAUUGGUUGGUGGCUACUUACCAUUGCCCACAGGUUGCUGCCCUGAAACGUCCUGAACUCAGCAACAUGAGAAAAUACAGGCAAAGAGCAGGGUCUCUGUAGAUAGAGACACCAACACACACAUCUAAGAGUCAUAAGUGAUGAUUGAGAGGGAUUACUUUUGUAUGAGACUAGACAUGUAAGGUUUGUUUGUUUUUUCAAAGAGAAAACUUACUCAUUCUGCCUUUAACUUCUCUGCUGCCAGCAGAUGACUGCAGGAUUAUCUGGGCUGCAUUCCAAAACUAUCACUGUGUUUUUUCACUGUGCAUAAAAAUAUAUUGAAACAAGAUGCCUUAGUCUAGAAAUUAAGCUGCUUUCUACAGAAAUAAAGCAUUGUAAAUUUACAUUACAUCAAUAAUUGAUAUGAUGAAUGCUUUAAGGCUUUAAUAGGGAAAAAACAGCAGCACAAGAAGGUGAAUUUAUCAACUACCAUCUUGCAGCAAUAUUGUUUCGUUUUUUUGUUGUUUUUUGAUAAUAUGUCUUUAGAAGGGGAGACAAGUUAGAACUGCCGUUACAAAUGGAUGUUAUCAAAUUGAGUUUAAUGCCUCAAGUCCACUGAUCCAGAAAUGUUCAUCCACAUACUCAGAACAUUUGUUUUGAGUGUCAGUAUGCAAACAAAACACGCAUCCAGUAUUGUUUGUAAAGUAUUGCAGUUCUAAUAAGCUCGUACAUUAUUAAAACUUCUUUCCAUAAACACAAUUUACUGUACUUCUGAAUGUACAUAGUGGCAGGUGUAUAUAGCUCUUAGGUGUGCGUCUGCACUUGAAUAUUAAUCCUCAGCAGCAGACCAGAAUGUGUGUUGAAAAUACACUUAAGACGUUCCGACUUUAUAAUAUUGCCUCCUCCAGGAAAUAGAGAUACUUGCACAUGAAUGUCAUGUCAGCAGAUGCCUUAGAUGUCUCUCUACUGUGACUUUAGUGAGGGGUCUUAUCUGUUUGUUCAUCAGUCAUUGUUAAAACUGUACACGUGGUGUGGUGUUGGAUUUGAGCUCAAAGUGAUGGCUGCUGGAGCUAAUGAUACCGUGUUAUAACAUUGUCAUGGUGUAUGAAGAUUUUUCUUUUGUGUUUUUUCUUCGUCUUUUUUUUAAUGUUACAGGCUUCUGUCAGAGUUUUUCUGUUUUCAGGUUUCUGCUCAUUAGAGGUACAAAGUAUUCAAAAGCCUCUGUCAUGAGUAAUGCUCCUCAGAAAUGCUGGUCGAUAAAAGAACAGUGUUUUUUACUGUAAGCAAGAAGUUGCGUUGGGUCUGUCGGCGACUUGAGAUGAUUUCAUACAUGGAUCUUGUAGUUUUCUGCUUAUUAUUUUGCAGUGGACUGUCUUAAGAAUGAGUGAAAUGAGUAUCAGUUGGACAGUGCUCCUGUUUUGUGCUAUGUUGGACAAGUUUGAAAAAAGAAACAUGAGGACAUUGGUUCCAAUUAGUCAGGUGGCGCAGUUUUUAUCAGAUAGCGUCUGGGCUUCAGGCCCUAUAGCUUCAAGAAGCAGACAGUAUGCAACGAAAGGAUAUAUUCAUGUUGUUAACUGUUUUGAACAAGUUGCAACCUUACUUGAGGUUUCCGGUCUCAACUAAAAAGUUAGACGUAGACAGAGGAUGAUGAGACUAUCAGUCAACAUACCCGCAAUGCUGGGUAUGUGUCCCGUUUCCCCUCUCUGGGGAUCACUACAGUACUCUGUGUGCUGUAUGUAUUAACAGACCAUGGCGCUGAUCUAACCUUAGUCUCUCUUUACUGUAUGCAGUUGUGUUAGUUACUUCAUGGUGGCAGGUAGCCUUACAGAGAAAUGAAACAUGAGCUUUGAUUGAACAGUAAUUCAAGUCAUCUUAAAAAUAUCUCAGCAAUGAAUCUGUCUUUUUUUCCAAAUCUCUUAAAUGUUACCUCAGAAAUAAGGCAGUACCACACCACAAGCUAACUCCUCUUGAUGUAGUUAUACAUAAGCUAGCUAGUUUGCUAAUGUUUUGCUAACUUUAGCUAACUCAAGAUGUGACUAUAUUUAUUCUAAUGUGUCUGUGAAGAUUGUGACAGUCUCUCAGCCCCAUCUUUUAACCAUCUUCAAAAUUUGGUUGGUUCUUUUCAACAUAGACGAGCCUAGCACAUAGCAUAUCUAAGUAUUACAAAAAAGGGAAAAAGUGACCAAGGUUUUGCUGUUGUCCAAGCCUUUUUAACUGUUAGUGGAGCACAGAGUGGAAAUGGGCAGAACUUUGGAAGGGCUUAUUCAUGGCUGUCAUUAAUUGUACUAUAACCAUGAAAUACACUCUAACUUGUUAGCUGCCUCUCUGUAUAGUAGUUCACAUUACCAUUCCUGUGCUUGAUUUAAAAUUUUGUAGGCUACACAUGCACAAAAGAUAUUCAGAAAAUGAUGCAUGUAUGUACUGGAUGACAUUUAGAAAAUGAGCUAGCACAGGCGCACAUUGCAUAUAAUUUGAUUUCAUGUAAUUUUAGUUAUAAUUAAGACGUUAAAUUUUCAGCAUUUCCAUCACAUCACUAAGAAUCAAACUCUAAGACCUUAAUGUUACCACUGGUAACCACAGGUGGAUUAGGAUUAUGUUCAAAUACAGUAUACCAUGAUGCUGUAUAUGUGGUCAGGUGCUGCAAAAAUAGAGGAUUUGGUUUGAAAGUGAAGGGUAUUGUUAAGUAAGCAAUGUGUGAGCCUUUUUUCUUUGCUGCUUAAGUAGAAGGGCACUGGCACAAAAUCUAAAAUACAGUGCCUAUAUGUCUACAAAACUGGAAUAGACCAGCACUGACGAGAUGGAUUUAAUUUUAUUGCAACCAACCGGAGCUGAUAAUCUGAUUUUUGCUUUGGUAAAUCUGAAGGACAAACAAGCCUGAUGUUGCUGUACAUACAGGGAAAAUGACCUGUAUUACUUGAAGUUUGUAAUUUGCAACCCCUCCCUCUCUCCUCAAACUGUGAUGAUUACUCUGUACAAUCUAACUCAUGACAUGAGGCUUUUGAAUGCAGUUACCAGUAUUUAUGUGAAAUCAUCAAAUUUUUAUGGUUCAUGUCACAUAUGUAAUGUUUCCUGCUGUUCUUUUUUCUUUCCUCUGUGAAUUAUCAUCCUCCCUCUUGCAUGCAUAUUUUGUAUGAUUUAAAAAAUGUAUUUUUAAUCCCAUGUAAUAAUUUGAUUUGACUACCUUCCACGUCUUUAUUCAUGUUGAUUUGUGUCUUGGACAUAAAUUUUACUUGUGACAUGGAAAUUGCAUAUAAAUGUAUAUCACUACCAUUGCGAUUUGGUGACCUUGGAAUUGUAAGGUUUUCUAAUGUUUGAGUCGGGUAAUAUUUAUUAUACACUGUUUUGCAAGAGGAUAUUAUGGCCAAAGAUGAAUUCCUGAAUAAGUUUCUGAAAAUGCAAAUUUAAAAGAUUAGAAAGUUGUUACAUGGUUGUAAAAUUUAUAACCAAAAACAUCCCCAAGCAUACAGUUGAUGAAGCCAAACAGUUCCAAGAUCAUGACUGUCAAACUUCUCUGUGUUUUGAUUUUUUUUUCUCAGUUCAUAUGGUUGUAAUUCUGUAUGUAAAGUCUCCAUAAACUUCAUUAACUGUCCUGUCUGCUUGUCCUCCUUCAGUAUUCUUAGCAAAUACAGUGUCUUAGGCUGUGAUGGACUUGCAGACAUGACAGUGAAAGCGAUGUUACGAUUUUUUAUUAGCCUUUGUGUCCCUUGUAUAAAAUCUAAUAAAGCAAUGUAAAAUAUCA